AUGAGUGAGGCGGAUAAGGAGGAGGAUGGGGGGUGCGGAUUAGGCUCAUUAUAUGAACCAAGAUCUAAAAUGGAAGAGAAGAGGAGGAGGGAGAGGGGGGCAGCAGCAUCAGUAUCAGUAGCAUUAGUACCAAUAACAACAAUCUCUGCAUCACCAGCAGCAGCAGCAGCAACAACAACAACAACAACAACAACAACACCUCCAACAGUCUACCAACGAUUAAUUGGCGACCGUGUUAAACCAACAUUCCCAUUAAGACAAGUGCAACGCAUUAGAAAUAAAACGUCAUUCCUGUUGAGAAGACAUACAAAUGGCGACGAAGCACUACAAGCAGAGGUUCAUCAACACAUGUAG